AUGACCGAGACCGACAUCCCGGGUGUCAUGCUCGUCGCCGACGAAAUCCACCACGCGCUGCCCGAGCACGAGCCUGUGUUCCGCGAGCGGUUGAGCCUUUUCCCCAACGGGUGCAUGGUGCUUGUUGACGGCGAAGAGAUCGGGGGUUACUUCGUCACAUUUCCUGUCCGCCAAGGCAAGCUUCCCGCCCUCAACCAGCUGCUGGGGGGAUUUCCGCAGCACGCAGACCAGUACUACCUCCACGAUAUCGCUGUGUUGCCGGCGCUUCGCGGGCGCGGGGCUGCGGCGGAUGGUAUUGGGCAGAUUUUGGAGGUUGCUAAGCCGUAUCCAACAACGUGCCUGAUUUCGGUUUACGGUACUGUUUCGUAUUGGCAUCGAUUCGGGUUUGUCCGUGGGCCGGUGGAUGCUGCGAUGGAGGAGAAGCUGAGCAGUUAUGGGUCUGACGCGACAUACCUCCGGACUGAAGCUGUGAAUGUGACCCGCCUUUACUACUCCCGCCCGCGGAACGUCGGGACAUUAGACAAGUCUGAUAGCUCGGUCGGCGAGGGGUUGGUGGGCGCUCCGGCUUGUGGCGAUGUGAUGCGGCUUCAUAUCAAGGUCGACCCUGAUACCCAGGUCAUCAGCGACGUCCGGUUCAAGACCUUCGGGUGCGGCUCUGCAAUUGCCUCGUCAAGCUACCUGACAGAAUUGGUCCGUGGCAUGACUCUCGACCAAGCCGCCAAGGUCAAAAACACAGAAAUUGCCAAGGAGCUUUGCCUGCCGCCAGUCAAGCUCCACUGCAGUAUGCUUGCUGAGGACGCGAUCAAGUCGGCCAUCAACAACUACUACAAGAAGAACCCCGACGUGAAGACCACCAACCUUGCGGGGACGGCCGCCAAGCUUGAGACGGCGACGGCAUGA